CGCGCCGGGCUGCUUUGGGUUUCCUUUCUCCUUCUCCUCCCUCCCUCCCUCUUCGUCGUCUCCUGGAGGUGUCCGAAAUUGAUUCUGGACCGUCACUGGGGAAGGGCUUGUUCGCCUUCCGCCGCUGAAGGACCCCCCAUUAGGCGACAGGCAUUGCCGCCUCGGAGCUCCGCCUGAUCCCCGCUGCUUCUCCUGCUGGCCCCAAGAUUUUCCAUCCUGUCUCCGAGACGGAAAAGAAAUGAUCUCACCCGGCCCGUGGAAUGGAGACAGCUGGCACCCGUGAAAACCUGAAGGAACCGCAGGAGCUCCUGCCCGUGCUGGACUCGCAUCCCGGCGCCUAAGCCCGCGGCCGCCCUCGGUCGCCUUCGGGAACUGCGCGGGACUCGGCGUUCGUGCGUGCCUGGGAGGAGCGGGACCGCCGAGCUUUCCUAUGGCUGGGAUAUACAGCUCGACUUUGAAGACCCUGGAAGACCUAACCUUGGACUCCGGGUAUGGGGCAGGGGACUCCUGCAGGUCCCUCAGCCUCUCAUCCUGCAAGUCCAACAGCCAAGCUUUCGCCUCGUCUCAGCACCGGGGCAACUGGUGGUACUACUCCGGCUCCAUGAACAGCCGGAACAACAGCUGGGAUACUGUCAACACCGUCCUGCCGGAGGACCCCGAAGUUGCGGACAUCUUCGCCAAAUGCGCCAAACUGCCCGACCUCGAGGAAUUCCCUUGGAGCGAGGAAGACGUCGAGAAGAUCCUGCGGAAGGGGAAGGAGGUGGGCAGGAGGGACUUCAGCCCCGAAGCCGCGGGGAGGCUGUCGAUGCUCCUCCGGAGGCCGCUGAUCCGCAUCUCUCGGGAGGCGCAACGCCUGAGCGUGAUGCACGCCAAGUGCACGAGGUUCGAGAUCCAGAGUGCCAUCAAGCUGAUCCAGAGCUGGUCCUUGUCAGAGAGCUGCGUCCUGGCGACCGUCAAAGCUCUUUCGCUGUACAGCAUGAGUGCCGGAGACGGCCUAAGGAAAGGCAAAUCGGCCCGCUGUGGCCUCACCUUCUCUGUUGGGCGCUUUUUCAGGUGGAUGGUAGAUACGCGGAUCUCUGUUCGGAUCCACGAGUAUGCGGCCAUCUCUUUAGCCUCUUGCCUGGAGAACCUGGUGGAGGAGAUCAAGGGCCGUGUCCUGGCCAGCCAGAACCCAGACGGAGACGGGGCGGGGAGCGAGGUCUCCGCCGAAGUUCUCGAGGCGGUGAUUAACAACGACGCUGAGCUUUGGGGCGUCCUGCAGCCCUACGAGCAUCUGAUCUGCGGGAAGAACGCCAACGGUGUGCUUUCUCUGCCUGCCUACUUCAGCCCUUACAAUGAUGGAUCAAUAUGCAGCAAUGGAAGAGCUGAUGCUUAUGCCCAACUAGAACUUCGAACUUUAGAACAAUCUCUCCUGGCAACUUGUGUUGGAAGCAUCUCUGAAUUGAGUGAUUUGGUAUCACGAGCAAUGCACCACAUGCAGUGUUUGACUACCCUUCGCCCUGGCAUGAGCCCUGUUCGGCAAACCAGACAACAGCAGCCACCCAUCACGUGGUCCCCUGAUGCCCUCCAUACCCUUUACUACUUUUUACGCUGUCCUCAGAUGGAAUCCAUGGAAAACCCCAACCUGGAUCCUCCAAGGAUGGCCUUGAAUAAUGAACGGCCAUUCAUGCUUCUGCCCCCACUGAUGGAAUGGAUGCGAGUAGCUAUAACCUAUGCUGAGCACCGGCGCAGUUUAACAGUAGACAGUGAUGAUAUCAGGCAGACAGCUAGGCUACUGUUACCUGGAUUGGACUGUGAACCUCGGCAACUGAAGCCAGAAUGUUGCUUUAGUUCCUUCCGGCGAAUGGAUGCAAAGGCUGCUACUGAAAAAUUCCAGCAGGAUCUGGGGUUUCGAAUGCUGAACUGUGGAAGGACUGAUCUGAUUAACCAAGCUAUAGAAGCUUUAGGACCUGAAGGCGUUAAUACAAUGGAUGAUCAGGGUAUGACUCCACUCAUGUAUGCCUGUUCUGCUGGAGACGAAGCCAUGGUGCAGAUGCUGAUUGAUGCCGGAGCAAAUCUGGAUAUACCAGUCCCUGGAAGUUCAUCCCGAUACCCAUCAGUACAUCCUGAUAGCCGACACUGGACUGCACUCACCUUCGCUGUAUUACAUGGCCAUAUCUCAGUAGUCCAGUUGCUGCUGGAUGCAGGUGCCCAUGUUGAAGGUUCUGCUGUCAACAGUGGAGAAGACAACUAUGCUGAGACCCCACUUCAGCUGGCCUCAGCAGCAGGCAACUAUGAGCUGGUCAGUUUGCUGCUGAGCCGAGAAGCUGAUCCCCUCUUGAGUAUGCUGGAAGCCAAUGGGAUCUCCUCAUCGCUUCAUGAGGACAUGAACUGUUUCAGCCAUGCUGCUGCUCAUGGACAUAGAAAUGUUCUGCGCAAGCUGUUGACCCAGCCACAGCAAUCGAAGGGAGAUGUUCUCUCGCUGGAAGAGAUUUUAGCAGAGGGUGUGGAAAGUGAUACAUCCAGCCAAGGAAGCUCUAAUGAGGGCCAAGUUAAGUUGUGCAAAACCAGAAUGAAAGCUUUACAGGAGGCCAUGUAUUACAGUGCUGAGCAUGGUUAUGUUGAUAUCACAAUGGAGUUGAGAGUACUUGGAAUCCCAUGGAAGCUGCAUGUAUGGAUCGAGUCACUCCGAACAACUUUUUAUCAGUCUCGUUACUCAGUGGUACAGAAUCUCUUACGGGAAUUUGUCACCAUUAAAGAAGAAGAAUACAACGAAGAGUUAGUGAAUGAUGGACUGAAGCUAAUGUUUGAAAUCCUCCGAACCAGCAAAAAUGACGCAAUCAACCAGCAUCUUGCAGCUAUCUUUACUCACUGCUAUGGAAGCAGCCCCAUUCCCAGUAUUCCUGAACUCAGAAAGACACUGCCAGCCCGUCUAGAUCCUCACUUUCUAAAUAACAAAGAUAUGUCUGAUGUGACAUUUCAAGUGGAAGGAAAACUGUUUUAUGCACAUAAAGUUCUCUUGGUUACUGCUUCAAAUAGAUUUAAGAUGCUGAUGACCAAUAAAACAGGACAAGACAGCCAAGGCAGUAAGACUGUGGAAAUUAGUGAUAUGAGAUAUAAUAUCUUCAAGAUGCUGAUGCAGUAUUUAUAUUAUGGAGGAACGGAAGCAAUGGAAAUUCCCAUAGCUGAUAUCCUAGAGUUGCUCUCAGCUGCAAGUUUAUUCCAGUUGGAUGGCCUCCAGCGCCACUGCGAGAUACUGUGUGCUCAGACCAUCAAUACUGAAAGCUGUGUUCACAUCUAUAAAUAUGCCAAGAUCCAUAAUGCCCCAGAGCUGGCCUCUUUUUGCGAAGGCUUUUUUCUCAAGCAUAUGAAUUCCCUGGUGCAGCAGGAAUCGUUCAGGCAGCUCAUCUACGGCAGGAACAGUAGGGUUCAGGGUCUGGAUCCCCUCCAGGAUUUGCAGUCCACUUUGGCCAGCAGACUUCAAUCCAUUUAUGUAACAUCAAGAGUGUGAUUGCUAAGAACUGCAGCCCUCCAGUUAAGGAAAGCACCUGCUCAUCAAUCUGCACUGAAAUGGGAUCUGGCCCCACUGGGGCUGCUUCAUCCAGUUCCUGGAGACAGUACCUCUUCCGCCAUCUCAGCAAGCCUACCCAAAUGCAAGGAAAUAACUCUGGGAAGUAUUAACAUGUCACAACUAUUUUACCUGAACACUGAUGAGCAGAAUCUGAGGUGGGAUGCUGCUAUUCUGCUAGGUACACCAUCACUAAGGAGAACUCAGGGGGAAUUACACUUCUAAGUGUCCAAAAGACCUCUUAGGACAAUGCCCAAACCAUGUUUGGCAUUUAGCCAAUAACCAGAGGACAGGCUGUGAAUGUAGAAAUCCUAAUUUCUCUAGACUUUGGCUACUCCAAAUGUUGAUUCCACCAGAAUGCAAACAAAUCUGGCUUUUGCCUUGUUUGUCUACCAAGACAUGCAAAUUCAGUAAAGAGCUAAGCUAAGCCGAAUAAAGCUAGUUUUGAAGCUACAUCACGAUAACGUGCUACCCAGCAGAUUCUACAUUAUUUUAGCAUCAAUUUUUAACCAGCUCUGGCUGUCCGUUUUUGUAUUUAAAAACAAUCUAAAGAAAAUGCAACCUUGUAUCGUUAAUACUUAGUUACCAACAUCCUUGUGCAAAUUUUUAUUGCUAAGACCAUCACACUGUGGUACCUACAAUAUUGGUGUAGCAGAUAGAAUUUCUCUCAAUAUUUCUGCAAUAUAGUUGUAAAUAAAGGGCUGGGGCUUGCUUUGUCAAUGCUGUAUUUUAGCAAUAAUUCCCUGAAAUGCCUGAUCUGGUGCUUAUGAUCUGGACCGCCGUCCAUCUGGGAAUUAUGUGCAUGAAGCACAGAAGUAUGAAUAGUCAAUUCCAGCUAAAGGGAUCUCUGUAUAGAAAUAUUGUAUGUAUAUUUGUGCAUAUCAUUUUUUGGACUGGAAGUUGCAAGCAAUAAUCAAGGCCCAUUGAGACUGCAGAUGCAGUCUGAAUUGUAUUCUUUCAAAUGAGAGCCGCAUUCCGAUGCACAUUCAAAUACACAUUCUCUGCUACUCUUGCACCAUGAGUUGUAAUGUGAUAGCAUGCGGACUCACUAAACUGGAUUUCAGCUAGGGAUUGUGAAUCAGGGCUGAUCUGGUUCAAAUGUGAAAAUUGAGUUGGUGUAAGUAAUUGAACACAGGCUUUGGCAUAUGUAAUCUCAUGAUUUGAUUCAGAAAGGCAAUAUGACUGGGAAAUUCAAAUUACUUUCAUAUCCAUCCACAUACACUUCAGUCUGCAUUGAAAUUAGGUGAUGACAUGAGAAAUAUCUAAAAUAGGAACACACUUCCCCCCCCCUUUCCAAUACUCAGCAUUUUGCUUCCAUCUUUGAAUGGACUAGAAAAUAAUAAUUUAGAAUAUACAGUAGUGUUAAAAAUCAGGUAUUAACAAAGUGAUCACAAUUACCAUUUAAGGAAACAUGUAUAAAUAAAAUACUCUUUUUUGAAGGAUAGAUUGUCAAUCUAAUAAAGGGGGAAAGGAGUAAAGACAAAUGGGAAAGGAGCUAGACGUGUGCUACAAGAAUUUUUUUGGUGUUCCAGGGAAGGUAAUGGAAGAAUAAUGGAAAUCAUGCAAAUAUACAGAUAUUUCAGAAGCAAGAGAGGCUUUUCCCAUAAUUAUCUAUUUGGGAGUUUAACGUCCUCACUAUAGAACCUUCAUUUUUAACAGAUCAUUAGAGAAAAGCAUUCCUUACAAAAUGAACCAUGUUUGGAAAUAAUUAAAUGGUUAUUACAUUUGGUUUAAGGAUAUAGUUUGGAGCAGUUCAACAAGACAAGCCAUAAUUAUGGCUGAGCAGGGAGGUUGGGUGGACUAACUUGGGGAAAAUUAUUUUUCUCAGGUAUCUUGCUCCUUUAUCAGUUUUCACUAGUGACAACCUGUGCCUAAAGAGUUUUGUACCUUUGCAUACGGCAUCUGAGUCACAUCGUAUAAAAACAAUACCAAGCUAAAAUAAAUGUUUAUAAAUGGGUCAAGAAUGAAGUAGGAUGGGUUGGGAGGAAUCAAAGUAUGAGAACCUACACAUUUCAACUCAUGCUUGCAGAGUAGCCCUACAUAUUAGAAAAUGAUCGCCUAUAAACCUUUCAGUCAUUCAUUUUUCAAAUUUGGAUCAGCAAAACAAAUACAAACUCUUCACAUUCUUCAGAUCACAGAAAAGUGUAAGAUUUGUUAAGUGGUUAGGAAAUACGCAAAAGUUUGUCAUUUUGGAAAAUAAUUUUCAAAUAGCUGGUCUAGCUAUCUGUAUAAAAAUAUAUAGGUUCUGUUGUGCUGUGAUAUUGUCUGCAAUAUCUGUACAUUAAUGUUGUCAUUUAUGUAAAUGUCCCAUAUUUUAUUAACAUGACUUCGUUAAACUUUGCAGAUGGUGUAAAGCUUAGUAAUUUAACACCAAAAAAACAGUCUAUACAAGUACUGUCUUUUGUUUUCCAAGUCCUGUGCUUAAGAUGGAUUGGAAGGAAUAUAGGCAAACAUAUUGCCUUUAAAA